AUGUCCGACCCUCUCCUCUUCGAAGAUACCUUCACCAUCACUUCGGUCAACGCCCAAAAGUAUGACCGUGUCUCGCGUCUGACUUGUACCUCCACCGAUGCCUCCCUCACUUUCACCCUCGAUGUGAAUUCUGAGCUCUACCCAUGCGCUGUCGGCGAGACACUGUCUCUGGCGCUUGCAUCUACCCUGUCCCUCGACGGCAAGGAAGACACCCGCAACAGCUGGAGAGAUGUCAGCAAUGGCGAGCAGACCCUGGCUAAUGACUACGAUUACGUCUGCCACGGUAAGGUCUACCGAUUCGAGGAGGGCGCAACCAAGGAUACCAUGGCUGUAUUCGUUUCUUUCGGUGGUCUGUUGCUCUAUCUGGAGGGUCCCUAUAAGAAGGUUGCCCCUCUGCGAAUUGACUACGUCUACCUGCUUCUCAAGAAAUAG